AUGUUGUCAAAAGUAUUAUUCAGGAAGAACCUUGGCCACAGAUAUUUCUCAUACAGCGCUCUUAUCAGGAAGUAUCCUGAAAGAGCAGCUGUUGUCGAUAGUUUAGAUAGGAGAAAUGAGGAGAAACCAACAUUCCAUGCUAAAAUGAGACAUAGGAUUGGAUAUUUCUUUAGAUCGAAGAGAAGGAGAUUCUUGUACUUCAUCUUUGGAGCCUUACUCUUCCAAUUGUUCGAUAAUAUCCUGAAACUCACUGGGUCAAGAGCUGAGAGGAAUUUUAAGAUACUAAAAAGAAUGGCUCUUAAUAAGGUUUAUCCAGAAAUUCUGAAUUGUCCUUCAAGCCUUCGAACACACCAUGAAACAGAGACUCUAAGUCAGAAAACAGAGAAGGAGCUUGGUCAGAGAUUUGUGGAAAUUGAUCAAAUGUUGGCAGCAGGUUUAAAAAUAGUAAAACCAACAGAAGCUUCUACUUCAUCAUCUUCAGCCGGACUUACUAGAGCAAUGCUUAUUGAAUGAAUCAAAAACAUUGGCAAGCAUGAUGAUAAAAUUGAGCAUGAAUUUUUGAACAAAAGCUCUUACACAAACCUUGAUGAUAAGUUGAACACUAGCUGCACACUACAAGAAUUUUAUGAACUAAUCGCUCUGUGAGUUACCGAAGACCCACAGACUGGAGUUACUGAUGAACUCCUAGUAUCUGAACUACUCCUUCGUGAGCUAGAUAAAAUUGCUUUUAUGAGUACCCAGGCAUAA